AUGCAACCCUUGGAAGGUCGCAGCUUGUCGAUCUUCAUUGUCACCGCCGUUUUCUUGAGCAUCUCCUUCAUCGCGGUCUGCCUGCGAUGUUUCGUCCGGCUCAGAAUCGUAAAGGCCUUUGGCUGGGAUGAUGCGUUGAUGGUCUUUGCCAUGCUCCUGAACAUCCUCUUUGCCCUGUGCGGGAUCACGGGCGCUCUGUAUGGAAUUGGUCAAAGGUCAAAGGUUCUGGCUGAUCGUGGCACCAUGGAGACUGCUAUGUUUUGGUGGUGGCUCGGACAAACCAGCUAUGUCUGGGUAUGCGCGGUCUGCAAAUGCUCCAUUACCACAGCCCUUCUCCGUCUGACGGUUUCCCGCCUGCAUCGCACGAUCCUAUGGACUGUCGUGGGUGUGACCACAGUUGUCGGCCUCAUCUUCUGGUUCAUGUUGACCCUUCAAUGCCAUCCCGUUUCCUUUUUCUGGCAACGAGUCCGACUCGAGCUCGAUCCAUUGCACGCCAACAUCAGCGGCUCCUGCAUGAGCCUCGAUAGCAUCAUCAAUAUCGCCUAUGUCUAUAGUGUGACGGCCACAUGUUGUGACUUUACCCUGGGUAUUUUGCCUAUCUUCCUGGUGUGGAACUUGCAGAUGAAUACACGGACGAAGACCGCGCUGGCGACUAUCCUGGGUAUGGGCUGCGUCGCCAGUGCCGCGGUGAUCAUUCGCAUUCCUUACCUGCAUGACUACAAGGACGAUGAUUUCUUAUGUGAGUACCAUCUGCAUUGCCCACGGCUCUUCCCGGUGAACGAAGAUUUGACGGCUACUGACCGCGUUUCUUCGAUAGAUGCUACCUCCAACAUCUCCAUCUGGUCUAAUGUCGAAGCCAGUCUGGGAAUUGCAGCUGGCAGUCUCGUUACGCUUCGGCCUUUGUUCCGCUGGUUUCGCGACCCCAGCUCUGCAGGGACUCGGAGCAAGCGUACUGGAGGCAGCGUCCCCCUGUCGAGUGUGAAUGCCGUGCGGUCGGAUCCCUCGGGUCCCCAGUAUUGGCGCCCGGACCUAGAUCCAGACGAUUCACAUGCGGUGAUCACUACAAUCCACACCUCCAACCAGGGGAGCCGCACCAGCAGCCAAGAGGACCUUAAUCCCAAGCCAGGUCAUGGAACUUUCUUCAGCGGUGUGAAUGUUCAGAAGACAUUCUUCGUUUCGGAGCAUGAAACAUAG